GGCAGUCGUUUUCGCGCACCCGCACGAAAAUGAGUUGGAAGACUAACCAAAUGCACGGGGAUGGAAUUUCCCAGCCAGCAGCCAGUCUAUGUCUACCAAUAUGAGAAGAAAGAAGACAGAGAAGAGGGGGGCGGCAGGUGGACUUAUUCCCCGAGAGGAGACCAUUCCAACAUGCAGCAACCUGCCUCUGCAUUGCCAAAUCUCCGCAUUUAUCCUAAAAGGCGCUUUCGGAUCUGCAGUCCCAAUUAUCAUUAUGUGCUCACCCUCAAAGUAAGAUUGUUACAAAUUGGCAUCCAAAGCCUAUGUUCCUUGGUCACAUUCUCUCUUCAAAUGGCCGACGAGACGUGUUUCUCACUUUCAGGAGGGCUUUAUCUCAUUGAAGUAGUUCACAAAUUCUCAAUUCAAGUCCCUGGAGAUCGAGGUGCUGCUUUGAAACAUCAAUCUGAUGCAGUUGUCCAACAACUAGCGGUCCUCACCUUGGAGAUCCAGAAACAAAAUUGAUAGCUGCAAUCUCUUGGUGCAUCAUCGUCUAAUCAUGCAGAGCGUAUUAACCUCACUACUAAGCCUAUGACAGGGUUGUAAUCGAGUUGAGCCAAGCCGAUUUUUGACUUGUCGAACUUGGCUUGACUCAAAAUACUUGAACUCGAGUUCGAGAUUUUUUUUAAAUCUUUGUUCGAGCUCGACUUGAUAAGUUGAAAUCUCAACUCGAGCUUGAACUUGUCCCACAAACGAGUUCAAGUCAAGCCGAGCUCUAACUCAUAUAUUAUCCAAA